AAAAAUAGUUGUGCAGGUGUUGAAGCAGAAACCUCUUUAGAUGAUUGGUCUCCAAAAUGAUCAGACAGGAUUACUGUAGUCACCACAGCGCUGAAUGUGAUCCAUGUGCCAAAGACAAUGACAUGAAACUAUAUAAUGACAAAUAUAAUGUUACAGUAAAGAGUAGAACAGUUUGCAAAUAAUUGGAGUGUGGACUUUAGGGGAAGCUUUUAGUGAAUAUUUGCAGGUUAAUUUCAGAUGCAAGCCACAGGACUGUACCAAACGUGUUUGACUUUCGACUUAGUAAAUGACCCUGGAUAGUUUACUGUAAGGGUAAUAACUAAUUCUAAAAUAUCUCAUAAAGUCCUUAGUCCAUUCAUCCAUUAAUAUAAGCAAAAAAGACUACAGUCAUCUGAUAUCUAAUCCAGUUUUGUUAAGCUAGAUUCCUCAUCAAACUAGAGCUGCUACUACGCUCUCUGUGGACAGCUGAUAUAUAUGAUCACACAGAAAAUGAACAAUCAUGUCACUAAAAGGCUUAAAUUACAUUACAUUAAAGGCUUAAAAUUACAAAUUUGUGUGUGCAAGUUGAGAAUUAAUUUUUUUUUUAAAAAACAGACACAUUUAUAAAUUACAAUGGCUUGACAUUAACAACUCGGUUUCUUGUCAGCAUGGAUCGACCAGCAGUUGAGGUCUUCCACUACAAAGACAAAGAGCAGUCCUCCAACCUGCUCCUACAGCUCAACAGACUGCGGCAAGAGAAUGUUCUGACCGAUGUGCUGCUGUGCUCAGAUAACACCGUGAUCCCCUGCCAUCGGAACGUCUUGGUCUCCAGCAGCCCCUACUUCAGAGCCAUGUUCUGCAACAACUUCAUGGAGAGGCAGCAAACCAAGAUUGACCUAAAGGGCAUCACGUCAGCCAUCCUGAGCAGCAUCAUUGACUAUGUUUACACAGGACUCAUCAGUAUCACCAUGGAUAUUGUGCUCCCUCUGAUGCAGGCGGCAUCCAUGUUGCAAUAUGGCCGCCUUUUUGAGGCCUGCUCGAGCUUCCUUCAGGAGCAGCUGAGUCCAGACAACUGUUUAAGCAUGAUAAGACUUUCGGAGAUUAUGAAUUGCAACAGUUUGAGAGACAAAGCAAAAGAGAUGGCAAUGAAGAGCUUUUCCGAUGUGUCAGCUUCUGAGGAUAUGUGUGAGCUCUCCUUGCCGGAGCUCAUGGGAUACCUGGAGGACGAUGGUCUUUGUGCAGAGGAGGAGCAGGUCUUUGAGACACUUGUUGCUUGGAUCCAUCAUGAUCCUUUAUCCAGGCGUGGUUCCAUAAGUGACCUUUUUAAGAAAGUUCGCCUUCGAUACAUCCACCCCACCUACCUCUUCCAGUUCAUAGCCAACGACCCCCUGAUCCAGUCGUCCACCCUCUGUACUGAACUCAUCGAAUCUGUGAGACGCCUCAUGUUUUCUGUCAGCACAAAAUGCAUUGGAGAUACGGCGGUGGGCUUCAAACCUCUCUGGGUUGCACCGAGGCGCUACACCUACCACGAUACAUUGGUGGUGGUGGGAGGGAGAAAGAACAACGAGCAGACUUCGAGGGAGGCCCUAGUGUUUGAUGAGAAGAGCCAGAGCUGGCAGUCUCUUUCCAAGCUGCCUGUUCGUCUUUACAAAGCCUCCUAUGUCGCCCUUCACAGCAUCCUGUACGUUAUCGGAGGCCUGACCACAAGUGCAAAGCACUGCGAAGUGAGCACAACCGUCUACACGCUCUCCCUUAAGACCAACCAGUGGCGGACAGCAGAACCCAUGCUGGAGCCACGCUUUGCCCAUCAGAGCGUCUCCUACCUCCACUUCAUCUUUGUACUGGGUGGCCUUGGACCUGACAGACGACUGACAGACAGCGUGGAGAGGUACAACAGCAUGUUCAACCAGUGGGAGUCGAUGGCACCGAUGCCUGAGGCCGUACUGCACCCUGCUGUGGCUGCGACCAACCAGAGGAUCUAUAUGUUUGGAGGAGAGGAUGCCAUGCAGAACCCAGUCAGAAUAAUACAGGUGUAUCACAUCGCCAGGAAUAUGUGGUCUAAGAUGGAGAACAGAACGGUGAAAAACGUGUCUGCUCCUGCUGUCGUUAUGGAUGAAAAGAUCUAUAUCAUUGGAGGAUACACCAGGAGAAUGAUUGCAUACGACACCAAGGCCAACCGGUUCAUUAAAUGUGCCAACCUGAAGGAGAGGAGGAUGCACCACUCUGCCACCGUCCUCAACAACAAACUCUACAUCACAGGCGGACGCUACAUCAAUGGCCAUGAUGUCAUUGAGGACUCUGACACAUUUGAGUGCUACGACGCAAAGACGGACAUUUGGACGUCUAAAGGGACUCUGCCUUAUAAACUGUUUGACCACGGCUCCCUGACUCUGACAUCUGUGUCACAGACAUGGGCGAAAUCAUAACUGAGGCAGAGAGGACAGGAUUUAAAGUUGUGAUUUAAAAAAGAAAAACAACUUGUUUACGUAUUAAAGGUGUGAUCCAUAUAUUAAUGUUUUUACCAUAUAUGAAACACUGCCAUUCAAAAAGCUUGAAGGAUUGAUUUAAUACCUCAAGUAUUUCAAAUAUUCAUGUAUGUACAUAUAAGAAUUUUAAUAUCUGUAAAUGUAAUUUUGCAUAUUCCAUGACUUUCACGGGUUUUUGUAUAACUCCUAAACCUAUAAAACCAAGCUCUCCUUCUGCACAGCCUGUUCUUAACCUGUCUGACUUCACAAAGGGUGAAAGUACUAUUUUCAGCCAGCUCUAAAUCACCAGAUUUCAGUUGUCAUGUUUAAAUCCUGGGGGCUGUUUGGUGCAAGUCGAAGCUAUGUUCAGCUCAUAGGUCUGAAAUUGCUGAUGUGUCUGGUGAAAAUUGGGAUCAUGGUCUGUUGCCUCAGUGGAAAAUGAUGAUGAAAAUAUUGUGAUGUCAUUGUUGGCAAAAGUUUCGCGCAAUGUAGAGACAUCAAAAUAAAAUAAAAUAGGUUUAGGUUUAGCAAUUUUUUACUUUUUGCAGUUUGUACACUCUUCUGGACACUCGUGAUAAAAUGAAGAGCAAACUUCUGCUUCAUAUACAGCUACUAUACACUGAAUGAUAGCUGACUUUGCCGCAUAAACUAAAGAAUAACGUCAAAUUGUGUAUUUAGAAAAAAAUUAUUUUACAUUUUGAAUUGAUUGUCUACUAAUGUUUUUGUACCAUUUUCUGAUGUGAACGACUGUUGUUUUAUGUUUUUUUUAACCUUGAAAAUUAAAUGUCAGUCUGCACAUGUG